AGUAAAACAUUGUUGUCGCUUCAUGUUUGCUGUCUUGUCCACAUAGCGUUGCAAUAUUAGAUAUAGGGAAGUGUAGUCAAUAUUACAGUUCGUCAUGCUCAAAAAGAAGCUUGAGGAAUACAUCUCCUAUGAUGCAUUUGUACGCAUAGGUUAGUGUUAACCAGAGUGAACGGUCAAACAGCAAUCAUGUUUUCUUAAUAUAGCAUAUCAAAACCGAGUGUAAUUUUAAAUAUCGAGUUUAAUUGCUGUUCUCUGUGAAGUUUGACCAUUAUGGCAAUAUAGGAAAAGUGCUGAAAUGGGUCCAACUACCAAGAAUGCGGGUGGAACUACGGGGAGUGAAUGAGGUGCUUUAUUUCCCACAUCCUCGUACCAAAAUGAUGAAGUUGUGUCUUCAAAGGGCUCUGCCGAGCACUGCAUUAUUAUCAAGAGCUAAAGUCGCAAGUGAAUUCGGCAAACCAUUCUUUCUGGCAUCGCACGCUCAAAGGUGUUUUCUUGGAACACACUCGCGUAAAGAGAAGCUCGAACCCCUCAACUCAGCUAAAGGAGCCAAAGACUUCAUCUACAGCCUUCACCCACAGGAGCGAACAUGUUUACUGAAGGAACUACAGAACUUUGAAUCCAUAGCUAUCGCUCAAGAGAAACUGGAAGCAUUACCACCCAACUCUGGUCAGCUGAGAUAUGUGCUCAUUCACAAUGCGAUUCCCUUCGUGGGUUUUGGUUUCCUGGACAACGCCAUCAUGAUUGCAGCAGGAACUCAAAUUGAAUUGUCCCUUGGAGUGAUCUUUGGGAUAUCCACCAUGGCAGCUGCUGCUCUGGGAAACCUGGUGUCUGAUCUGGCCGGGCUUGGUCUCGCAGGCUACGUAGAGGCCCUUGCGGCCAGGCUGGGUAUGCAAAUCCCUGAGCUGACCCCCAAACAGGCAGACAUGUGGCAGACCAGAGUUAGCUCACACCUGGGGAAGGCCAUUGGUGUGACGAUCGGUUGCAUCUUGGGGAUGUUCCCACUCUUUUUCCUGAAUGAGGACGAUGAGAAGAAGGCCAAGGAAGUCCAGCCCCCGAGUCCAUCCAGCACAGAAUAGCGCAGCAGCUCAGAGACACAGUCCUGGGCAAACCUCCAACAAGUCUCCUGUGGAAAAAAAAAACCUCCAGAACAGAUUGGAUGCAGUCAGCCACCUUCCCAUCCCUCUCCUCUCCUACCCUACCGCAUGCAACCGAAAAGGCACUAACCCUCGUCGUGCAUGCUAGUGCUGUACAUUGUUGGCCUUGUUUACCCUUGCCAGUGCAUCAACAAGCCCCUUGUAUUGUGAACAGCACGCCAGAGAUGUUCAAACAGAACAAUAUAUGGGAGUACAUUUUCAUGCUAAUUUAUGAAUGCUGUUAAAAUAAGUAGAUUCUUUUGGGUAGAAUCUUAAGCCUAAUAUCAAUGGUCAUUUGGCAGUUAUUUGAAAGCAUUAUCAGUAACUCUAGCCUUAUCCUCAUUUUUAUAAUGUUAUGGUGUGUUUGUGUGUGUGUGUGUGUGUGUGUGUGUGUGUAGUCCUAUAUUUGCACUUGAGGUGACAGAAUUUCCCAUGUUUUACUUUUAUAUACAUUUAGUGCACACUACAACAAGGUCUUAGUCUGCAAUAGGCUACACUAACACGGGGAGAAUAGUUUAUUCAAGAAAAGCCAAAUAUCUAUUGUUCAAACUGAGCUAUACCUCCAAGAUACAGGUUGAGAAAACAGUAACCUCAUGGUAAAUGCUAAUUAAAUAGCCAACAUUUUAAGAGGGGAUCUGAUAAACAAUUGUCACAGCAUUCAGUUUACAAAUGUUUGAUGUUGACCUUGCAUCUGAACUGAUAUCUUGCAGUUUGUGGGGAAGAUACGUGCAGCUGUAUAUUGAUGUGUUGGGGUGCAUUCAGCUAUUGAUUGAACCACUCAGUGGUAGGGAAAUUACUCUUUUUACAGAUGAAGUUUGGUGCUCCUAAAUGUUAAGAAGACUAUUAGGCCGUUACCUCAUUGUGUACAUUUUCAUGAUGUUUUUGAAAGCAGUACUGUUGGCACUGAUGUACUUUUCUCUUUUAAAAAAAGCAGUUUUACUUGGAUUUAUCAUAGAAUAUAAGUAAAUGUUCUCUUACGUUAAGCAUGCUGCCCUUGAUCAAGCUCAUUUGUAGGAUUUCCUUCCUUCUUUUAUGAAAUGAUAAUUUAUCUAAUGUACACUUUAAUGACUUUAUGAUUACUACUUUUGAUUUCUGCCAUUUGUUCUUCUUACAUCUCUAAUCAGUUGUAACAAGACAAUGCCUUGUAGAUGAUGACCUCACCUCCUUAAGAACAGCUACCUAAUGUUUAUUUUUUUAAUGUAAUUAUUAUUAAUAAUAAUCUUAUCACAUGACAGGUGUUGGGAGCGGUUGCCUUUGUGUUCUCUACAAGUUAAUGUUUUUUGUUUGUUUGUUUAAGGAAUGCAUCAUGAUUUUAGCACAAUUGUACAUUGUGUAUGUAUUGAAUACUAUUCAAAACCAGACAUGUAUGCAGUUUAUAGUUAAAAUCUCCUGCAAUAUAUGAUCAGACUUCACAACGCUAUACUAACAUGGACAAGUUGACACUAAAAACCUUUGAUUGAAUAACUUGCCUGAACAAUCAGCAGUACUGGAUGAGUCCCAAGCAAGUGUUGUUUUUAGUAUAGAAGUUCAGCGGAAUUUGCAAUUGUCUUGUAUAGAUUGGGCUAUUAUGAACUUGUUUUUGUGGUUUCUUUUACGAAAAGACUAAAGUAACAGGAUAUUUCAAGGCUUUGUUACACUCCAAAAGAUAUAAAUAUAAAUAAUUAUUGGUAUACAUGACAUUAAAUUCACUCCAGGAGGAAAUAAAGUUGGACAGAGCAGAAAAGGGCAGGUUAUAAACAUCUCUGUUUAUGUUACUCCAGGAAGGUGAAAUGAGUGACUAGUGAAUUGUGAGAUUUUUCUAAACAGGAUAUUCAUCUUCAUGUCCUUUUCUCAUGUGACCUUUGUUGACAGCUCAUUAAAAGCAAAGUGAUUGUCAAACUGGUUUUCGGAAUCAGAUAAAUAAAAAAUAAAUGGUCAA